AAAAUUAAAAACAAGAUCAUACGAUACGACGACAACGAUGAACUUCUUGGGAAAAAUAAAUGAACAGACCUGAACGGCUGAUCAAGAACAAAAUCGCCUGUCCGUUAUAAUUAUUGGUAUAUUUAAUAAAUGAUGACAAUGGCAGUGAAUCACCAGCAUGGCAUGUUAUUGUCAUUUAAGACAAGGUUGUUCUACAGAAGUGUUGAAAAUAGAAUCUCAAGACCAAAAAUGUACAGCAAUAGACAGUUUACAGUCAGAAAACAUUUUAGGAGGAUACAAGUAAUACAGGGAUCACCUGGGAAAAGUAAAUUCAAUAUUUACAGUAUCUGUGAUACUAAUGUACAACAUCUACAAUCAAUCAGUCUGAAUUCAAUUCCAAAGAGAGGUAGCUCUUCAAAUCAUGGAGGAAAACACAGUGAGAAUAAUUCAUUAAAAACAAAUGAUGUUUUUCGGUUGUCUCGAAAUGGAACUGUUGAAGUUCUGAACAAAAUAAACACUGGAAUUGAGCAGCGAUACUCGGAGAUGAAGCAAAAGUCAAAUGCGAUGAUGAACUCUAUUAAAGAGACAGUCAGUAAAUCCACUGUUAGUUUUCGUCCGGCUACAAUAUUUCAGUCGAAACCAGAUGGGAAUUAUGCUGACAAGAGAGGGCAGUGUAAACCAGAGGAAGCAGAUGCUCAUCAUAAGGAACUGACUUCAAACGAAACUGAUUUCAAAUCUGAACAUUUCAACUCAAUUGUCUCGUCUGAAGACUCAUCAACACAUUUAAUAGAAGAAAAUAAUCCACUUGAGAAUAAUAAUACAGCUAGUUAUAAUAACAUUGGCAUACAGGAUAAUAUGUCAAAUUCAGAAGAAGAUAAUGUAAUUGUCAAUGAAAAGACUGUAGACAAUGUAAACACGCAGAAGAUGAGAAAGAUGAUGUCUCUACCUUCACUCAGUGAUCUUAAAUCAACAUCCUCGUAUAAAAAUGCUACCUCAUUUACUGAAAAUACUUUGAAAAAAGCUGCAAGCAAGACCGACAGCAUGACGCUGGAUUUGCAAGAAACUUUCACCAGUAUUAAGGAUAAGAUCUCAAGUAUUCCGAAGAUUGACCAGUUGUCAACCCUCCAGAGAUUAAAAGGAGGAAACAAGAAAAAAACGAAAUCUGCGUUUGAGCGUAACAUGGACCUUCCAUCGCCACAGGGGGAGAUAUACACAUUAGAGGACACGCUGUUGAAAAUGGGUGAGAUGGCAGGUUCUGCUGUUAAUGUUGUUAGCACUUCAAAUAGGACAGCCAAUUCAACUGAGAAAGGUACUGCAUCGAAGAUGAAGAAACACCUUGAGCAGACAGCGAGAACAGUGAAACAACUAGAAAACACUGAACAAAAAAACCAGAACAUACUAAAAUCACAGACGAUCUCAAAAGCAAGCAUAGACAAUCGCACCAAGGCACUUGCAAUGGGUGUUCGCUUGGCUGAAACAACCGCUAUGAAAUUGUUGAGAGUGGAACGACUUGCUGAACACGUUUUACAGUACCCAGAUUCACGUGGAAUUGCAGUUAAAGAAAAAGUAAUACCUUCAUUAUUAAAGAUGCAAAAAACUUGGGACAAGGCACUUGCAGAGCACGUGCACAUGUGCUUAGUGUUGUUAGGCUAUGUGGCACCAGUCAAGGCUCGAGGUCUUCGAGUUCUGAGUAUCGACGGAGGCGGUGCACGAGGAGUAAUUCCAAUUGUGGUUUUACGUGAGUUUGAACGUCGCACAAAUUGCAGGAUCCGGGACAUGUUUGACUAUGUCAUGGGUGUCAGCUCGGGUGGUGUGCUAGCGUUCUUGCUGACCUUUGGCAAGUCAACCUUGGCUGAAUGUUCGGAGAUCUAUAAACAACAAUCGCUGGAAGUUUUUAAACGAAAUUCACUAAUUGGCACUGGAAAACUUUUCCUCAACCAUGCAUUUUAUGACACAGAAGGUUGGACUAAAAUUCUAAAAACGUAUCCAAUGGCCUCGGAGAGAAUGAUAGAAUUUGGUAAAGAUCCAACGUGUCCCAAGGUUGCAACUGUAGCAACGUUGAUAAACCAAGGUGCUCUAAAAGAUUACCUCUUCCGUAAUUACAACCUGCCGGCUGGUGUGACAUCCCGGUACAUGGGAAGCUCGUCUUACCCCUGCUGGCAAGCUCUCAGGGCCUCGUCGGCAGCCCCUGGUUACUUUGAGGAGCACAAACUUGACGAUUACAUUUUCCAGGAUGGUGGUGUCCUGACAAACAAUCCUAGUGCUCUGGCAAUACAUGAAUGCAAGCUUCUUUGGCCGAAUACACCGAUACAGUGUGUGAUCUCGCUUGGCACAGGAAGAUGGGAUCCACAAGGGGCAGAGGCUAACCAAGGUUUCAGCACACUGAAGGAAAAAUUAGUCAAGAUAAUGUUGAGUGCAACUGACACACAAUCUGUCCACACAAUCAUGAAUGAUCUUUUACCUCCGAAAACCUACUACCGUUUUAACCCCUUUCUUUCGGAGGACUUCGACCUGGAUGAAAACCGGCCAGAGAAGUUAGCCACGAUGGAGAACGACAUUCACUCGUAUUUAGAACAAAAUGAACAGAAAAUUACUGAUGCAGUAAAUGCUCUGAUGCUGAAGAAAACAUCACUGCAGAAGGUUGGCGACUGGAUAAACCAUCAGAAGGAUCUAUACCACACUUAAAUGGUUCUGGUCAUCUCUUUGUUUUCUUUGUAAUAUACUUUUUUCAUAAUGCUCAUGGUUGAAGUAAUUUUAAAAACGGGUAUUGUAAAAUCUAAGAAAAAAACAAUCUAAAUUAUUUUCAUUAUUAUUAAGGAAUUUACUAUGAUUUCUUUCUCGAUUUUCAAGUGUAAUCUUACAGAAAGAUUUCAGUCGCAAUCAGUAAUCUUGUUCAACUGAUUGCAUUUGUGUACAUUAAGACUAGUAUUUUUUAGUUGAACAAAAAGACUCCAUCCAUCUAUGAAAUGGAUCUCAAAUGCGUACAGGUGUAAUUAUGAUAAAAUAUUAAUUUUUUACUCUGUUCUGAUUUGAUUACAUCAUGCUGUAGAAUGAAGGAAGAUUAGUAUAUUUUAAUUUUGGUUCAACAAGAAAGAUUUUAUCCAUAUGAUGAAAUGGAUUACUGAAUAGUUGUUUAUAAAAAAAAAAUAUUCAGUUAUUAAAGUGUUCUAAUUUAUAUAAUGUUUUAUUUACAUCAUGCUGCCUAAAUUUUUAGAACUAAUUUUACUAUUAUUAAAUAUAAAUUUAUAAUGCAAAAAAAAAUACUUAAAUUUUACUUAACUCAUUAGAAAGAUGUUUUAUAAUUUUAUUUAUUUGCAAAUUAAUAACCUGCUUUAUGUGUAUGGUGCAGCUGUAUGGUUAUGGGGCUUAGCCUAUGGAGGGCUCAUCACAUUAGUUUGUUAAAGAUAUCUAGUAGGAUUAUGGAUAAAAAUAAUCUAGUGUGACCCUGGAUUAACUUAAGGUGCUCUGUUUUCAAUGGCCAAGGAGUAUAUACAGAGCACACAAAUUCUCGUGCUACAAUUUCCAAGAACAUGUAAUAUGUAUUCGAGUCAAUAUAUUACUUUUGUGUUGAAGUACAAGAGGCUCUUUUCAGAAACAUUAUAUAAUUAAUGUGCAAUUUUACCUACAAAAAGUGGUGUUUAUUAUAUUAUGAAAUAUAAGACUAUAUAAAAGUGAACAUUUUUAAAAAUAUGCCUCAUGAUUAUGAUUAAACAUACCAUCAGCUGUGUUCAAA